ACCAGCUCUGACGCCCCCGCCCCAGCCUGGCACCGCCCGGCACUCUGACGCGCCAGUAGGUCGCGCUGCGCCGACGUUUCUAUAUGUAACGUCAGUGCAGCGCGACUCUUGGCCGCAGGCCGCUCGAGAUAUACAGCAGCGUGGGGGAGAGCACUGCCAUGGGGUCUAACCGGGUGACAGCAAGGGAGCUCUGCGAUAAUGAUGAUUUGGCCACUAGCUUGGUGCUUGAUCCGUACCUGGGGUUUAGAACGCACAAGAUGAGCGUCAGUACUUUGCCUUCUAUAAGGAGACAGCAUCACUUGCGGGAAGCUCUGCACACAUUCCGUAAGAAGAGAGACUUUGAGACAGCGUUCUGUUCGCUCGUAACGGGGGCUAAUCAUUACCUCAAAAACCGCACACCGCAACAGGAGAUGAUGCUCAAGACGCACAUAAAUCGAUACCUGCGAAUCUUUCUACCAGAAAGUGGCUUCAUGAUCCUUCCUUGCAAUCGUUACUCCUUGGAAACCAAUGGAGCCAAAGUGGUUGCUAUGAAGCCCUGGGUAAGGAAUGACAAAAUUGCGCUGCUUGUGGGCUGCAUAGCUGAGCUAACCAAAGCUGAUGAGUCCCUCCUGCGCUUUGGUGAGAAUGACUUCAGCGUUAUGUACUCCACCCGGAAGAGGUGUGCACAGCUUUGGCUGGGGCCUGCUGCUUUUAUUAAUCAUGACUGUCGGCCCAACUGCAAGUUCGUUCCCACAGAAGGAAACACUGCUUGUGUAAAAGUUCUCAGGGACAUUAAACCAGAAGAAGAAAUAACCUGCUUCUAUGGAGAGAGUUUUUUUGGAGAGAAGAAUGAGAUGUGUGAGUGCUGCACCUGUGAGAGAAAAGGGGAGGGAGCUUUCAGGCUACACAAGAGAGAAUCUACCUCAUUAGAAAAAUACCAGCUCAGAGAGACAGAUGGUCGUCUGCAAAGGCUGAGGGAUCAAAGCCACAAACAAACCCAUCACGGUGCUACCCGGAAAAAGAAGCGUCUUUCAAAAGAUUCAAGAAUAUCUCCCAAAAAGAGCCCUGGACGCUGCAAACAUAGCACUUUUCCGCCAAGUCUCAGGUCACCACCGCCCUCUCCAUAUUUCCGCUAUAGUUUUAAUGGAGUGCGACCGCCUAAAAUCACCAAGUCACAAAUGUCUGUAAAAUUUGCCCUUCCUCAUGGGACCAUUCUAAAAGAUGUGCGUAUUGUCCUGCAUAACUUACAAAAAUGUAGGCAUGGCUCCUCUGUCCCAGGAUCACCAGGGGGAGGCCAGUGUUGCAAAUUGGGCAAAGAACCUACAGUGAGACUUAGACGGCAAAUUGUGAGUCCUGACAAGCUAAGAUUGUAUACAGGCACUGCUACUCCCUCUUGCACAGAACACAAUUCAUCUCUAACAUCUCAACAAGGUAAAACUGUUGCUUUGGAAAAAGAAGCCAAAGAUUGUUCUCUGAAUUGUGCACUUUUUAAUGAAAAUAGUGUGGAUGAGGAUCAUUUAGCUGCACACAGUGAUUCGCCCAGAUCGAACAGUGCUAUUGCAGAUCGUACCAAUGUCAUUACCUCUGAACCAGAACCAAAUGUCCCAUUGCAUGAGAAAAACGUGGGUGCACAGUGUGAAAGUUUUGUAUCCAUUCUUGUUUCGGAGUCUGAAUUAGAAACAGACAGGCAAAGCAUUGAUGGCACUGAAUCCUCUACGUCUGAGCCACAGUCCGAUUUUCUAGUGUCCCUUUUAGACUCUAACCGAUUACAUUCAGAUAUGGUGUCACAAAAUCAAGAUGUGGAGAACGUUCCGCCAGCUGUAGCUGUAUCUGAAAACACUGUGAACCUGAAUGAUACAAACUUUUUCAGAUUAAAACCAGACCCAAUGUCAUUCAAACAGCAUGGGUUAAAUCGUUACAUCACUGUAAGUUUGAGCAAAUUGCGUGAUUCAGUACCUGAAAACUCAAGCACACAAAGCUCUUCCCAGGCUCUGGCCAUAAAGACAUGUCAAGCCAGUUGUAAACCAUCUGCUGACUUCCCAUGUGAUCAAUUAAAAGCUAAAACUAGUUCCGUCAGUGCACCAACUGAACAAACCAGUGAAAAUGGGAAUUCUGAAACCAUGACCAUGUCUUGUGCAAACAAAGCAUUCUCCUUAAAAUCCAGACGCCUACAUUUUAAAGGUACAGACGAAGUGGUUCGAAAGAGAUGCUCUCCUAAAAACUCACAGGUGACAAACCUCGACUUAAGCAGGCAUAUGAAAGCCAAAACGGAAGGUGCAAGCCCCAGACCUCAAAACUGUAUCUCUACUCCACAGAAGCUCCUCGGCGAUGAAAUGCAGUUAGAUCCUAAAUUGUCCCUCAAGCCAUAUGUAGAACUUGGUUUAAACAACCGCCUAAAACGAGGAAGCCUUGUUACUGGGGCACAUAUGUCCUGCACAAAAGUCACAGAUGGAACUCCUGACAGCAUCUUUAUCAAACAGGGGUCCGAAUUGUUGACCGAUGAUAAGAAGACAAACAUGACUUUCAAUCCUUUCACGCCAUCCAAAAGACUGCGUCUUGUUGUCACCAAUGGAUCCAUUAAUCUAGACAUUGCAUCCACAUCAAGUGAUGAAUCCAACUGAAGAAUCCGUACUCCUAAUCAUUCCCUGACUACAUAUAUUAAUGAUUCCAUAACCUUGAGAAAACAGGGGGAUUAGAAGCUUUGCUUUGUCAGAGCCUUUUCUGUGUAGGUGCUACUGCCCCCCAAUCCCUCUUUAUUUUUACUGGCGUCUGCUCUCAAGGAUGAUUUACACACCAGUUUGCCUUAGUCUUCAAAGCAGGUGCAAUUUCAUCUAACAUCAACCCCUAUUUUAAGUUUUCUAUUUGUUCAUGAUAAAACCGCUGUUUCUUCAUUGAUUAUUUUGAUUUUAAUAGGCACUUCCAUACGUGAACAUAAUUCUUUCUGCCUUCUUCUGUUAAUAUUUAUGGUGCUAUGUCGGAAAUCUUUGAAGGUAUUUCCUUUCCUUUUUUUUUUUUUUUUUUUU